CCAGUAAAGUGCCGACAAUUACCACCAACCGAAUUUCCCAUUACAAACCAGUAAUAAUACAUUCUCCCCUUUUCAUGAUUAUUCCGAAGAAUAUUCAACUGAAAAAUACGCAUCACAAUCGCACUUUGAAGCUUCAGUGAGUGAAAAAAGCCUUCACAACUGAGAGAAAACCAUUGGAAUAAUCGCUGGAGCUAACCUCCUUCUCAUCAUUCCCUCCAGUUGGAUAGAACAGUUAUCCCCGAUGGCCCGAUGAGACACCGAAAAUCGUAAACAAUGGCGACAAGUCCGACCUCCCGAGACAUCGAGAACUCGUUGAAGGAGGCUCUCUACGAGACCCUCAACGGCAUCCUCUCGCCUCACCGAGACACCCGGCAGGCGGCGGAGCAGAGGAUUCAGGCUCUCGAGGUGACCGACGACUUCGGGAUCCACCUGACUGAAUUCGUGGUAGACAGGAAUGGGCCCCUGGAGAUAAGACAGCUGUCGUCAGUCCUGCUGAAGCAGUAUGUCGAGAUCCACUGGUCCCCAGAGGCCGAGAAGUUCCGACCUCCCGAGUUGAAGCACGUGACCAAGGAGAGAAUCAAGGAACUCCUGCCUCUGGGGCUCCACGAGAGCAUCAGCAAGGUCAGGGCAUCAGUUGCAUACGCAAUAUCAGCGAUUGCCCACUGGGACUGGCCUGAAAACUGGCCAGGACUGUUCGACAUUCUGGUGAAUUGCCUCAGUGGACAGAGUGAAUUCGCUGUUCAUGGGGCGAUGAGGGUUCUCAGUGAAUUCACCAGAGACUUGACUGACACUCAACUCCCCAAUGUUGGCCCUGUUAUUCUCCAGGAGAUGUACAGAAUAUUUCAGAGUGAUAAUCAGUACUCGAUAAGAACGAGGGGCAGGGCUGUGGAGAUCUUUGCAACCAUCACUGGCUUGGUCGCCUCCACAGGGGUUUAUCAGAAGGGAUUCGUGCAGCAGUACCUCCAGCCAGUCAUUCCCAUGUUCUGUGAGAAAUUUGUCAAGUACUUGAGGGAGCCCAAUGGCCCCAUCAGCGAUACUGGCCUCAAGACGGAUAUUAUUAAGGCUGUUAAUUGUUUGGCUACCAAGCUGUCCAAGUAUGUGGCUAAUUAUCUACCUCAGAUACUACCGCCCAUUUGGGAUACUCUUGUGCAGAGUGCCAAGGUUUAUCAGGAGGAGACUGUUAAUGGGGGGGAUGAUGAGGAUAUUGAGGAGAAACAAGUCGAUUCUGACGGUGAAAUAAUAAAUUUCAAUAAUCUCAUCAUCGCAAUCUUCGAGUUCAUCCAGGGCUUGAUGGACCAGAAAAAGUUCUCAAGUCUUCUCACUAAUCUCGCUGGCGAAACAAUGUACUAUUUAAUAAUAUUUAUGCAAAUAACCGAGGAACAGAUUGAACUCUGGGCCACGAACCCCAGUCAAUUCGUCGAGGAGGACGAUCAGUGUGCCUUUGCCUACAACGUUCGAAUAUCAGCGCAGGAGUUGCUCUCUGCUCUAGUCCAUCGUUCAGAGGAGGAUUCAGUGAAUACCCUUUGUGGAGUUGUUACGAGACAUAUCGAGGCCGCUAACUCCAUGAGGACGACUAAUGAGAACUCCUGGAAGCUCUCAGAAGCAGCUAUUUUUGCUCUGAGCAUUGCUAAGGAUCAAAUCGUUGAGAAAUUGGAAGUUGGAGGUCUUCAGUUCGAUAUCGCCGCAUUUUUGGAUCGCGUCAUAUUGGGAAUACUCAAUGAUUCAAGUGCUCACCCAUUUCUCCUGGGUCGAUGCCUCUGCCUAGCAGGCAGAUGUGCCAGGCAAAUUCCCCCCGAGAUCAUGCCUCGUUUCCUCGAGGCGACAGUCAAUGGACUCCAGGAAAACCAACCCAUCUGCAUUCGAAUUAGUUCGGUCCGAGCAGUCUACUGGUUCUGCGAGGCAUCCGCCGUCCCAAAUGCCCUCAUAGACAAUGCCGUAAGGUCCCAGCUGUCAGCAAUGUUCCAAGGGCUAUUCAAUCUCGUCGCAAAUCAGCCCACGACAGAAGUUCUGACCCUGGUCAUGGAGACAUUUGCAGUUCUCAUCUCCUUGGACAAAGACUUCACAGCCAGUGUUGAAGGGAAAAUCUGUCCCCUGACGAUAGCUGUCUUCGUGAAAUACCACAGUGACCCAGAGAUACUGUCAAUCUGCCAAGACAUCUUCAAAGAACUAACCGAAAAUCCCCAGUGCAUUGGACCCCUCCAAACACGACUGAUUCCAACACUCGUCAGCAUGAUGACGGUGAAUGCUCUCGAUAAAACCGGUGACGAAGGGACAAAAGGAGUCGCUCUGGAUGUCCUCCAAGUGCUGGUGCAAUUCUCCCCUCGUAAUUUGAGCAGUCCUCUAGUGGAAAAUGCAUUCCCAGCAGCCUGCCACUGCAUACUGAACUCUGACGACAAUGGGACCCUUCAGAGCGGUGGAGAAGUCAUAAGAACUUAUUUAUCAGUGGGUGCAAGGCAGGUCAUUGAUCACCGGGAUAACGAGGGUCGCACAGGACUGCACUACAUACUCCAGAUCGUUGCCCAGCUGUUGAAUCCUCAAUCCAGUGAAUUCACAGCUACAUUCGUGGGGAGACUGGUGACAACAUUGAUCAGAAAGGUUGGAAAUAGUCUGGGGGAGAACCUGGAUCUCGUCUUGAAAGCUGUUCUCAGUAAAAUGCAGAGAGCUGAAACGUUGACAGUCAUGCAGAGUCUGCUGAUGGUUUACGCACACUUGAUUAAUACUGAAUUCGAUGCUGUUCUCAAUUUUUUGUCGACAGUGCCAGGACCCACUGGACAGAGUGCUCUAGCCUUUGUUCUUGUCGAAUGGGUUGCAAGGCAGCACUCUUUCUUUGGUAGUUACGACAGGAAAGUGACGAUCGUUGCUUUAUCGAAGAUUCUGGAGCACGGUGUCACUAAUGAUGACUCCAGGCUCAAUGAGAUCAUGGUAAAAGGCGAUGAAAUCUUUUCACCGAGUGAGGCUGGCGUUCGCACCAGGAGCAAGACCCAGUCGCAUCCGUAUCAAUGGACAACAGUACCCAUUCUCGUCAAGAUUUUUAAACUCAUUAUUAAUGAGAUUUCUAAUGAUAUGGAGGCCGGUUGCGCCGUCACUCAGGAGACUGAGGAUUCUGAUGAUGAGGAAGUUGGGGAUGAUGACGAUAUGUACAUAAACCCUGGGAAUGAAGCGGAUCUGUUGAGAAUUACUGAUGAAGCAGAGGAGGAGGAUGACCCUGAUCUUCUCCAAGAUUCAAUCUAUCAUCUGAAUCUUAAUCAAUAUCUAAGAGAUUUUCUCACAAAUUUUUCAAACCACCACUGUUUUCCAGCAUUCAUACAACAUCUGAACCCCGCUGAACGAAAGGUUCUCAAUAAUCUCAGCAUAGCUCCGACAUUCAUUCAGUAAAUACGUUGCCAUUUUUCGUCAUAAUAAAUGUUCACCAAGUGAUGUGUUUUUUUUUCUACUAUUAUGUACAUUGUUAUCAAUAUAUUAGAAUACAUACCGGGAUUAAAAAUGAAAAAACAUUGAUAAUAAAUGCUUAAAAUAGUUUUGGCAA